AUGACCGAGGCGACGAGCGCAGCGCCGAAGCGGCCGCGCAGCGCGGAGCCGCUCGACGAGAGCUCCGACGAUGAAAUGGGCCCUAUGCCUGUGCAGGCGGGGACAGAGAGUGCUGCAGAGGCGGAAAAGAGCAAGCGCCGCAAGACGCUGCAGUACGAGCGCCUGUACCUCGACCAGCUGCCGAGCGCAGACCGCUACUACAAGUCGCUGAUGCACCGCGACACGAUCAACUUUGUGUCUGUGACGCCGCACACCGCAUUUGUGGUGACGACGUCGAUCGACGGGCACGUCAAGUUUUGGAAAAAGCAGACGAGCGGCAUCGAGUUCGUCAAGCACUACCGCGCGCACGUCGCGAUGGUCGUCAACGUAUGCACGUCGGCGGACGGCGCGUACUUUGCGACGAUCGCUGCCGACGGCUCGGUCAAGGUGUUUGAUGUGCUCAACUUUGACCUGAUCAACAUGAUCGACCUCCCAUAUACCCCCCGCGCCUGCUGCUGGGUGCAUCGCCGCGGCAGCGCCGAUUUGGUGCUCGCCAUCGCCGAAGAGAAUAGCACCUCGGUCCGCUUCUACGACGGGCGGGGCGACGGCACGCCGACGGAUACCGUGACGCACAUGCACCGCCAGCCGUGCCACCUGCUCGCCUACCACGAGCCGAGCGACUGUGUGGUGUCGGCCGACGUUGGCGGCAUGGUCGAGUACUGGCAGCCGACCGAGCCCUACCAGGUGCCCCCGGGGCUCUUUUCCCUCAAGUCGUCCACGGAUCUGUUCGAGUUCAAAAAGACGCGCUCCGCACCGACGACGCUCACCUUCUCGCAUGAUUAUUCGCAGUUUGUCACGACGUCCGCAUGCGAUCGCCAGGUGCGCGUCUUUUCGUUUGCCAAGGGCAAGCUCCUGCGCAAGUACGACGAGUCGCUCACGGCUGUGCAAGAGAUGCAGCAGGCAGGCACAGCCGCGUACCAGCUCGACGACAUGGAGUUUGGGCGCCGCCUUGCAGUCGAGCGCGAGCUCGACGCGACCGCGCUCAGCGGUCUCGCUGACGCGACGCUGAACGCGACCGGCGCGGGCACAGCCAAUGCCAUCUUUGACGAGAGCGGAAACUUUUUGCUCUACGGCACCAUGUUUGGCAUCAAGGUCGUGAACCUCAAGUCGAACAAGGUGUGCCGCCUCCUGGGCAAGGACGAGACGAUGCGCUUUCUGCAUUUGUCCAUGUACCAGGGCAUUCCGGACAAGAAGAACCCGACGAGCAUCGAUCUUGCCGCGUCCGAGAACCCGCUCGUGCAAAAGGCCGAGCAGGACCCGACGCUGUUCUGCUCGGCUUUCAAGCGGGGCCGCUUCUACAUGUUUACGCGCAGCGAGCCGGAGAGCGACCCCAACUCCAAGCUCAGCGGCUCGGACCGCGACGUGUUCAACGAGAAGCCCACGCGCGAGGAGCAGGCGGUUGCAAGCACCGUGCCGGCAGCCAGGAAGCGCGUCGUGGCCAACAAUGCGACGUUGCACACGACACUCGGCGAUAUCCAGCUCAAACUGUACCCUGAUCUGGUGCCCAAGACGGUGGAAAACUUUGUGGGGCUCGCCAAGAAAAAGUACUACGAUGGCGUCAUCUUUCACCGCGUCAUUAAAAAGUUCAUGCUCCAGACCGGAGACCCUCUGGGCGACGGCACCGGAGGAGAGAGUCUUUGGGGCAAAGAGUUUGAAGACGAGUUCACGCCGGAACUGCGCCACGACAAGCCCUACACAUUGAGCAUGGCGAACGCGGGGCCGAAUACCAACGGCUCGCAGUUCUUUAUUACGACCGUGCCUACACCGUGGCUCGAUGACAAGCAUACCGUGUUCGGACAGGCGACCGCCGGCCUCGAUGUCAUCCACCAGAUCGAGCACUGCAAGAAACGCCGCGGCGACCGGCCCGAAGAGCCGAUCGAAAUCCUGAGUGUCUCGCUGGGCAAUUAG